AUGUCGACUAACUCCGAGUCAGAUUACUUCGAUGAUGACGACUUUGUAGUCCCUGGAACCCCCGAUGGGUCCUCGCGUCCCGCAAAACGCCGCCGCAUUCGAAAUCGUGGGAAAGAGCGCGAAGGUGACGAUAACGGCUCUUCGAUCAACUCGUUCUCUGAUAUGGAGGAUGACGAUUUACUCUCCGGGUACCGAGAAUCACCUCCUGGAUUUGAUGAAUACCGUGAUCGCCCCAAAAAUAAGAGCUGUGUGUUGAAGCAAGCCACCAUCCAAAAUAACAUGUUCGUCACGCAACUCACGCAACCCUCCUCAAGUCCGGAACGAAUACGGGGUCCGCGAUGGCAGAAGCCUGUUGCAAAACCAUCUCAACCAAAAUUUGAAACUAGAGAACAGGAUAGUGGUGGUGGACAGGAGGGAAAUCAUUUCCAUGACGAUGAGGAGUUGAUGGCCGCUAUCGCAGCUUCCUUGGAUUCAUUUGAGGAGGAGAAAACAACAAGAGAGGCCUUCCGGUCCCCAAGUUUAUCAAAAAAUUCUGUCACCAAAACGCUUGCCCCGCUGGAGAAGACAAACUCGCGUGUCUCGGUGGAUAUCCCGUUUGAGCUGGAGGACAUACCUGAAGGUGCAUUUGAUUCUUCGCCAUCAUUGUCACCAGUAGCACGGCCAGUCCAGCCUGCAGUUCCGCAAUUUAAUCAAUCCCGAGGCCCAAUUCGACAACCUCAUCUAAGACAGAGCACACUAUUUGGCAUGAUUGCCCCAAGCUCCGAGAUCUUGGGACCGCGACAACAAGACUGGGGUACACCAGAGAAGACUGAACCACCGACCCAUCACAAACUUGUAAAAGAGGCUUUAGAAACAUGGGUCUACCCCACAAAUUUGGGCAAAACCAGAGAUUACCAGUUCAACAUCACUCAGGCAGGCCUGUUUCACAAUCUACUCGUGGCCUUGCCAACAGGGUUGGGAAAGACAUUCAUAGCGGCUACAAUUAUGCUGAACUGGUUUCGCUGGACGAAAGAUUCACAAAUCAUUUUUGUAGCACCAACGAAACCCUUAGUUUCGCAGCAGGUUUCAGCCUGCUUGGACAUUGCCGGGAUCCCACGCUCGAAGUCGACCAUGCUCACUGGAGGGGCAUCUCCUGGCAUUCGCGCCGAAGAGUGGAAAUCGAAGCGGGUGUUUUUCAUGACACCCCAAACACUGAUCAAUGACCUGAAGACCGGAAUCGCCGAUCCAAAGCGAAUCGUGUUGUUGGUGGUUGAUGAAGCUCAUCGCGCGACGGGUGCCUAUGCAUAUGUGGAGGUGGUCAAAUUCCUUCGACGCUUCAACAACAGUUUCCGCGUGCUCGCGCUUACAGCAACGCCGGGCUCCACGGUCGAAUCGGUGCAGGCGGUUAUUGAUGGCCUGGACAUAGCGCGUGUCGAAAUCCGUACAGAGAACUCAAUUGACAUUCGCGAGUACGUCCACGCUCGCAAUAUCGAAAUAGAAACAUUUGAGAAUUCAGAUGACAUGGUUUUUUGCAUGGACCUCAUGUCUACGGCCUUGCAGCCUUUACUUGACCAACUCCGGACCCUCAACGCCUACUGGGGACGUGACCCCAUGGGGCUAACAGCAUACGGUCUCACAGUGGCGAGACAACAAUGGAUGCAGUCCGACGCGGGUCGGAAUGCCCAUUUCGGCUUAAAAGGCAAAGUCAACUCAAUCUUCACUGUUCUUGCUAGUUUAGCCCACGCUAUCGAUCUGCUCAAGUAUCAUGGCAUCGUGCCUUUCUAUCGCCAUGUCGUUCAUUUCAAAUCAAACUCCGAGGGACAAAAGGGCGGAGGUGGCAAAUACCAAAAGCAAGUUGUACAAGAUGAAAGCUUCAAGAAAUUACUCAGCCAUCUUGAACCAUGGAGUAAGAACCCAGAGUUCAUUGGUCACCCGAAAUUGGAAUAUCUCAAGUCAGUAAUUUUGAAUCACUUCAUGGAUAGGGGGGAGGGGAAAGAGGUGUCUGACGGCACUAGUCAGCCUGCGACUCGCGUCAUGAUCUUUGUGCAUUUCCGCGACAGCGCUGAAGAGGUCACGAGAGUGCUCAAAAGAUACGAGCCCAUGAUUCGGCCUCACGUUUUUGUGGGUCAAUCAAGCGCUAAAGGCUCUGAAGGCAUGGACCAGAAGACGCAACUCAGGAUCAUUGAUGAUUUUAAAAAAGGCACAUACAACACGAUCGUUGCGACCUCCAUUGGCGAGGAAGGAUUGGAUAUUGGAGAGGUUGAUCUGAUCGUGUGCUUUGACUCGUCGGCAUCGCCUAUUCGCAUGCUCCAGCGCAUGGGUCGAACUGGCCGUAAGCGGGCCGGUAACAUCACUUUGCUAUUGAUGAAAGGCAAAGAAGAAGACUCCUACAAUAAGGCUAAAGACAAUUAUGAAAAAAUGCAGCAGAUGAUUGCCAGCGGCUCAAGAUUCACGUUCCACGAUGAUCGUUCUGCACGCAUCUUACCCGCGGGCAUUCGUCCAGUGCCCGAUAAACGACAGAUCGACAUCCCCCCAGAGAACUCGCAACACGAACUACCCGAGCCGAAGCGCAAAGGGCGAGCACCGAAGCGACCUGCCAAAGUGUUCCACAUGCCCGACGAUGUGGAGACAGGGUUCACUCGAGCCUCGACUUUGGCUGGCGACAAAAAUCAGAAGAAAAAAGCCACUGCAUCCAAAAAGGCAGCAACUCCCAAAAAGAGACCCCGGACCCCCACGCCCGAGCCUGUGGAUGUUCCAUCGGUGGAGGAUGUUGUUCUCAGCAAGAGUGAGCAAACUGAUCUUGAACAUCAUUAUCAGAAUAUCGGUGCCACUUCUCCGCAGUUCAUUCGGUUCCCCCGCAACGACGCCUUUCCACGUUUGCAGCUGAUUGAAAGGCCCACAAAGAACGUCAAGCAUGGCUCCCUCACGCGACGUAUGGUGACUGCCCUGCAGAAGAUGCAUGAAGCCGGCCCUAACUGCGACCAUCGAUUCAAAGAGAUUCUGGCCCGCGAACCCCCUUCGUCGGACGAGUCCAGUCAAACGCUUUGGCCUGAUUCAAAAGAGAAGCAUCAACACAAUGCAAAGCCCUUGAAAACGCCAUCUAAAACGACCGCUCGACGAGCUUCCACCAAGGCCACUACAAACCCCGCUGGCGGGGGGGUUGUUUCCUUGUUAUCUCCAGAUCAUCAACCCAAGCACAAGAACGAUCGUUUUGCAUCCAUAGAUGAUGACUUCGGAGAUGAUGACUCGGAUUUUGAGCUGAUGGAUGCUAGCCUUUUGUUUAGUAGUGGGUCUAAACCCAAGGGCCGGAAACCAAACAGACCAAUUAUUGAAGAUAGUGACGAGUGA